GGUUGCUAAGGAGUGGGUACUCAGAAUCAGGCUGCAAUGGGCAUUGUGUGUGCACAAUAUUCCUUUAUUCUGCUGUUGUCCAUAAUAAGGGACCCACCCACCUCACUUCCUCUUCUGCCCAUUGAGCAGUCAAAGAGCUGAAAGUCCUUAUAAGCCUGUGCACCUGGGCCUGGGCCCUACCGAUAAGGUAGCUGCUAUUGCUAUGGCCCGCAUCAUCGACCUGGUGCCCUGGGACGAUGGCUCCACUCAUGUGUAUGCCUCCCCGGCCAUCCUGCUUCCCGUGGAGCGGCAGCGCAACCAGCUGGCGGGCAUGAAGCAGCAGCUCUACCACCCGGCCCUGCCCACCCUGCGCCACAUGGACAGGGACACUGUCAAGGCCUGCCUUCCUGAUGAGCACUGCCAGUCUACCACCUACUGCCGCAAAGAUGAGUUUGACAACACCCAUUUUACCCUCCUUGGGAUCCCCAACAAAUCCCUGCAGUGCUUGGACAUCACUGCGACAGGCCAGAAGCUGCGCCACAGGUACCAGGAGGGAAAGCUGGCGCCUGUCGCGCCGGGCAUCAACCGAGUGGACUGGCCCUGCUUCACUCGCGCCAUAGAGGACUGGUCCCGCUUUGUGUCCUCGGCCAGGGAGUUCAAGCUGCCCUGCCUGAGCAAGAGAGUGGAGGGUUUCAGCGGCUACGCGGUGCGGUACUUGAAGCCGGACGUGACCCAGAGCUGGCGGCAGGGAGCACUGUGUGGGGCGUGGGCGGGGCGUCCGUGCUCCCCCGACUCACUCCCCGACUCACCGCGCCCCCAUCCCUGCUGCCCGCCGCAGUACUGCCUCAACCAGAACCCCAGCCUGGACCGCUACGGACAGAAGCCCCUGCCUUUCGACUCCCUGAACACUUUUCGAAGCUUCGGCUCCAGCUACAGUCGUGUCAACUACCUGACCCCCUGGCAUUAAUCUCUGGAAAGGAGGCUGCCAGACUAUGCCACCUCAGGUCCCUUGGCCGGACCAAGGACUUAUGGUGGCACCAGCCAUCUCCCCAGUAAUUCAGCCUAACUAGAAAUAAACCUAAUGCUCCCUUAGAGAGA